AUGAGUGGAGAUGCUUUUCUCGCUCGCAUGGCCUUGGGCCGCUCACUGUACGAACCAGUUCUUGAGGAUGCUGCACGGCCUUCGCCAUUCAUAGGAUCAACUGGCCAACAGUAUAAUGCUCGAGGAGAGCCCAUGUGUCCUGCCACUAUACGCCACAACGAAGCUAUGAUAGCCGCCAAGAAUCAAGUUCUAGCAGCAGUAGGCGUCUGCGAAAAGAGGGAUGAAAUCAUUGAUCAGCUGGAUGAGGAGCUCGUUGAUGACACUCAGCGGGUCAAAUUCACGGAUGAAGAAUGGAGAAUCAUCAAAGAAGGAGAAGACGACUAUGGUGAGCUCAUUAGGAUGACCGCAGAGACUCUACGAAACAUCUUGACCUGGUGGGUGAUGAGUCUACGAAGACGUCUACAAGUAGGCUUCGUCUCGUCAAAUCUCAGCUUCACAGACGUUCUAUCGGGCGAGUGGAAAUCUUUGACUGGUAAUGGAGUGCUCGGCGCUAUUCGGUUUCUCACGGUCGGCGGACUGCCAGAAGUCAUCUCACAAUUAUUCCUCACCUUUGCCGACUGGUACCUGGGUGAGCAAGUUUUGAAGGUCAGCAAGAAGGUCAUUCGUCUCAAAGCCAGCACCGAAAAACGCUUCCUACUUUUGAGAUGUGUCAACUAUGGCUACAAGGCCAUGAACGCCCUAUUGCAUCUUUCGGUGUACUCUCUGAGCUCCUUUUCAUGCUUACAACAGCUUGGUCUCAUCUCCUCAGCAUCUCUUCUACCACCAGCAUCCUGGCUGUUACCAUGGAGGCCUUCUUCACCUCUUCGAUGGGCUUUCUUGAAUGAGGAAACCAAUGGAGGCUUAGAGUUGCGAGGACUCUUACGUUCACCAGCGGUCAUGUGGUUAACAAUGUCCUUGUCUCAACAUUCGGCCUCAUCAGCAUAUGGCCAUGUCCCUCUAUUCGAAUACAACUGUAUUCUCGGACCUCAUAAGCCAACUCUGCCACCACAGCCUGAAACCUCGGAGACCGAUCUUUUGACACCCUUCUCGCGACUCAGGGACAAGACGUUGCAACUUCUAGGCUGGGCACCUGCACCUACCGUCCAAGAGUUAGCGAUACAAGACCUGACGUCAGAGUUGAGCGUACGCAACCAUACAAGAAGAACAGAAAGACCACAGCAUCACACAGCGACACGCUAUAGAGUCACAGAGUUGUCAACGCUACCAUCGAAUCUCCUGGCCUUGAAUCUUGAUUACCUCUUUUGGGCCAUUCUCCUGCUUCCGCUCGAGACAUUACAUCUACGUGGGUUGGCGACUGCGUUUUCCUCGUCUUCUGCGGCAAGGUCGGGUAUUACAGACGGCAUGUCUGUGGGAAUGUUGCCGCCAUCGCCAAUCACAAGAAUGAGUAGAGCGAACAAGAUAGGCUUAUGUUUGGCGUUGGAGUUUACACUGGACACGGCUGUCUGGGGUGGUGCAUAUCUUUGGGCAAAGUACAUUGGUACCACGAGAUAUCACUGGGGACGCACUUGA